UGGGAAAAGGCAGGCUUGGAGGAUUAAAGGGGAACGAAGGCUUCGGCCAAACCAAGUCCUGGGUCCGCAGCGGCGGGGGGACCUGGCACCUUUAAGGUGGACUGGCGCGCUGGUCCUUUAAAGGAGAAGCGUCGGCGUCGGUCGAGUUUUGCCCAGCGGCACGGGAGGGGUGCUGGCCUGCGCCUUUAAGGUCGCAGGUCCGGGAGGCGGAGCGGAGGCGGAGGGCGGAGGGAGUCGGCACAAGAUGGCGGCGGGAGGGGCCGGGGCUGCGGCUCUGGUCGCCGAGUGAGGGGGGGCCGGGGGCGCGCGGCCAGCGCUGCGGUUUGAUGUCGUUUGAUGGCUGCACUUGGAUGACUGACUUAAUCCUUCUGAGCCUCAGUUGCCUCAUCUGUCCCAUGGGGUUGAAAGAGACCCCCCCGGCCGCCCUCUUCUUUCCUUUGUUCCUGUGGCUGGGGGGGUAUCUCCUCCCGCAACAUGGAGCCAUCUCCUCUGUCACCCAGUGGGGCGGCUCUCCCGCUGCCUCUCUCGCUGGCUCCGCCGCCGCUGCCUCUGCCCGCAGCUGCAGUGGUGCACGUGUCGUUCCCUGAAGUGACCAGUGCCCUCCUGGAGUCCCUCAACCAGCAGCGGCUCCAGGGGCAGCUGUGCGAUGUGUCCAUCCGAGUGCAGGGCCGGGAGUUUCGUGCACACCGGGCUGUCCUGGCCGCCUCCUCUCCUUACUUCCACGACCAGGUCUUACUCAAAGGCAUGACCUCCAUCUCUCUGCCCAGUGUCAUGGACCCGGGUGCGUUUGAAACGGUCCUGGCCUCGGCGUACACAGGCCGCCUCAGCAUGGCUGCUGCUGACAUCGUCAACUUCCUCACGGUGGGCUCGGUCCUCCAGAUGUGGCACAUCGUGGACAAGUGCACUGAGCUCCUUCGGGAGGGUCGCUCCUCAGCCACUACCACCACGGUCACCACUGCCGCAGCCCCCUCUGUCUCCAUCCCUGGUGCCAGUGGCCCGUCAGGGAGUGGGGGCGCUGGAGCCCCGGCCACCUUGGGCUCCGUCCGCUCCCAUGCUUCCAGCCGGGCCAGUGAGAAUCAGUCCCCUAGCAGUAGCAACUACUUCAGCCCCCGGGAGUCCGCCGAGUUCUCCUCUUCCUCCCAAGAUACCUUUGUAGCGUCAGCAGUGGGCUGUGGGAACCGUCGAGAUGGUGGCCCUGGGUUUCCAGGCCCUGUGGUUGGCAGCGUGGCUGCCACUUCUGGAAAGCUGCUGCUGGAGGCAGACGAGCUGUGUGAUGAUGGUGGGGACGGGAGGGGGACCAUGGUCCCCGGCGCUGGGCUCCGGAGGCCUUCCUGCAUGCCUGCCGGUGCAGUGCCACAGAAACACUGGGUAUAUGUGAAACGAGGUAGAAAUUGCCCUGCGCCAGCCUCUCUGGUUCACCAAGAUCCAGAUCUAGAGGAUGAGGAGGAAGAGGAAGAUCUAGUGUUGACUUGUGAGGAUGAUGAAGACGAAGAACUGGGGGGUGGCUCCGGGGUUCCUGCAGGGGGAGAGCCUGAGGCUACGCUCAGUAUCAGUGAUGUGCGGACCUUGACCGAGCCUCCAGUCAAAGGGGAGGAGCAGGUCAACUUCUGUGAGUCCUCCAAUGACUUCGGCCCCUAUGAGGGUGGGGGGGUCGGAGCAGGGCUUGAUGACUCUGGAGGACCCACCCCCUCCUCCUAUACCCCCACCCAACCUCCACGACCCCUCCUUCCUUUGGAUGUGCCUGGCAACCAGAUCUUGGUAUUCCCAUCCUCCUCCUCACAGGCUCCAGGCCAGCCACCAGGGAACCCAGCAGAACACGGGGCAGUGACCCUGGGGGGCACCUCUGCCGUGGGUCUAGGCAUACCAAGUGGCUCUGGUGGGGCCCCUGGAGGGACAGGCAGCAGCGACGGGAAUAAGAUCUUUUUGUGCCACUGUGGAAAGGCUUUCUCGCAUAAGAGUAUGCGGGACCGACACGUGAACAUGCAUCUCAACCUGCGACCUUUCGACUGCCCGGUGUGCAACAAAAAGUUCAAGAUGAAGCACCACCUGACUGAGCACAUGAAGACGCACACAGGCCUCAAGCCCUAUGAGUGCAGCGUCUGCGCCAAGAAGUUCAUGUGGCGGGACAGCUUCAUGCGGCACCGGGGACACUGUGAGCGCCGGCACCGGAUGGGCGGGGGCGGGGCGGCAUCAGGACCGGGAUCCGGGGCUCCUACUGGGCCUGCCUUGCAACCUAAGAGGGAGUCUUCCGGAGUGGGUGGGAGCGAUGAGGCGAAUUCGGCCACACCCCCAUCCCAUAGGCGUGUCUGGUCCCCACCCAGCGUGCACAAGGUGGAGAUGGAUUUCAGUGGGGGCGGAGGAGCACACUGAAGGUCAGGCAAUGGGGAGCUUAGUCUAAGGGCAACGUGGCCCCCGGAGUUUUUCCCACCACACUGUCUUCCCUUUUCUCUGCGGACUUGUAUAUAUUCUGGAGAGGGCCUAGGUUGCACCAUUGCCAGUAGGUUCCAUUCCUCAGCCCCUUAUUCCCUCGGUAUCUCCGGAAGUAAGCCUUUUUUCUUCUCUCUUGGGCACACCAGUGUCCCACCAUUACAGAAUAGGGCCCACACGAUGAGGGAGUGGAAAGGGGGCAUUUUGAGCAUCCCGGAAUCACAGGGUCAACGGUCAGGUUGUGCUGGUUUGUGCCUGGUCUGUGUUUGUGUUGUGGGACGAGGUCUUAUCCUUUCCCCUCCUGAAGGAUGCGCCCCUUAUUUCUGUACCAGCCCCGCUCUUCCCAAGAAGAUUCCCAAUUGGGUUUUCGUGAAAGUGGGUGGAGACAAGGAAUGAGUCGCGUAGUAUAGGUUUUAAUUUUUAAUGGUGAUUAAAAUAUUUAUUGGUCACUUCA